AUGAUUCAGCCGGGUACACUUACAAAUCUAACAAGUUUAGAACGGUUGUACCUGAAUCACAACCAAAUUUCAAUUGUUCAGGCAGAUACAUUUAAAAACUUACCGCGACUAGCACAUUUAAACCUGAAUAACAACAAGAUAACAACGUUUAAGGCUGGUACACUUACAAACCUACCCCGGUUAGAACGGUUGUACCUGGAUCGCAACAAGAUAAAAAUGAUCGAACUACAAGAUUUAAACCUUUACUCCAACUAUAUAACGAACAUCCCUUCAAAAGCGUUUGAAAGUCUACAAAAUCUCCAAAAUUUGGACCUUCGGGAGAACAAAAUAUCUGCCAUUCUCCCCUCAGCUUUUGUCUUCUUACCAUCUUUGGAAAUCUAA